AGACGCAGCUCAAGCAGCCUAAUCUCGGUAACGCAGACUAUUCACUUUUCUUUUCGAAAUCCAGCCUGAGUGACAGAUCCGUGAUGAUGUCACUGCUGCUUUUCAUGUUGGCGGGCGUGACCAGUGUGAAUGCUCUCCGGGAGCAUCACGGUGAACUGGCAGGCCAGCGCAGCAGUUUUUGUUGGAAACACUGCUGCAGGUCCAAGUGCGAUAACGUCACCGUGCUUUCGGGAGUGGACUUCCGAUAUGAGAAUUGCACGGUGAAGGUGAAUGCGCCCAUUCAACAAGGGGAUGAACGUUUCUGUGAGGAGACAUGCAAAGUUUCUCUCCCCGAUGGCACAAAAGAAGUCAAAGCCAUGCGGAAGAGUCAAAAAGAGGUGCAGUGGUGCCAGCUCCAGCCGGGCCUGUGCCAAGCCACGCCAACAUGCUCCGGCCACACCUAUGAGCUGAAGUCAGUGGUAGGCACGUGGCAAUUCAAAGAUUGCUUUGUGGAGGUGGAGAGGAGCGGUGCAGACAUGUGUGUGGAGACCUGCACCGUCCUCCACACCAAUGAAUCCCAACAAGUCUUUGUCAUUCGAGACCUCUUUGCUGGACAGUGCAGACUGGCGGACCCUGGAUUGCAAGAAUUUGCCAUGGACUUUGUGGAGCAGCUCGAAAAAACGGCCCUGGCGCUGCCGAUUGGCAAGUACCGGGGGCUGCCACUGAUCAGGCAUCCGUCGGCAAUCAAACGGUUCCUGAGCCAUUUGAAGAAAGAGGUGCUUGUGCCAGAGAAGCAGGCCGCUGAAGGGCAAGGGUGGAGCCGAGAGAUCACUGCGAGAUAUGUUGCGAUCAUCGGAGAUCUUCACGGGCAGCUCUUCAACCUCAUUGCGUGGUUGAUUUACAUCAAGGAGCAGUACCAGGACAAGGGCUUCAGCAAGCUUGAGGGCUCAUCCUUGCUCAUCUGUGAUCCGCAACUGAAGUAUGUCUUCCUAGGCGAUUACGUGGAUCGCGGUGAAAGAGGACUUGAAGUGCUUUUACUUCUGCUGGCCUACAAGGCACGCUGCCCUGAAGGCUUGGUUCUUUUGCAAGGCAAUCAUGAGAUGCCUGCAAUUUGGGACCGCUAUGGCUUCAAGGCGGAACUCUGGUACAAGGUGAAGAUGAGGCCAUCCACCGUCAGAGACGUGGUGCAGCAUUUGCCCUACGUCGCAGUGCUGCCCGGGAAGUACAUGUUUGUGCAUGGUGGCCUCAGCCCGGAGUUUGUGAAGAAGUGCCGGGGGAAAGCCGGCCGCUUCGGAACGUGUCUUGACGAAGAGACAGCUUUCUCAUUAACCUGGGCUGAUCCUCACGACGGGAAGGGCUGGCUUGAAUCUCCCAGGGGCAUCGGACACAAGUUUGGCAUGGAUAUCGCCAAACAGUUUCUAGAAUCCAACGAUCUCCACGCAAUCUGGCGCGGACAUGAGCAAAUCGAAAGAGGAGGGGAAACUCGAUCUUUGCAGGGCUACUAUGUGUUCACAGUCUUUUCUGCUGCAGAUUACGUGGGCGUUUUCUGCCUCAACGGGCGUCGACCUGUUGUAGCGCCUGCAUGGGACCCACCGAUGUUCCACCUCCCCGGCGAAGAUAAUUCCGGUGCCGUUGUGGUGAUAGAUUCCGAGCAGAAUCUGUCAUCCACCCCCUACCUGCGGAUGACUGGCAAUCAAACAAGACAGAUUGCUGCGGAGUUCACAGGAGCCCAAUGCAGCAAACGAAGCCUGUUGGAAGAAGGAUCACAAGUCCUUGAGAGCCCUGACCUUGAGAGCCGUGACCUUGAGUCUUUCAUGCAGGAGAAUCACAAGCGCUUGGCAAGCAUUGGAGACAACGCUUCGUGUAGCUUGGGUGAGGCAGAGACAAACUCCUUGAAGGAAGAGGUGCGCAAAAUCUUGAGCACUGCAGAGAAUCGAGAGUUUGAGGCUCGCAAGCUGAUUGAUUUACAGGGGGAGGCGUUGAUCCACCCUGAGCGGGAGAGCGUUCAGAUUUGCAAAUGCAUGAAGAGAGACCACGUCACCCUGGAAGUUUACGAAGAGUUGCAGGGUGCUGACCAAGAGGUGUUGGACAUGGACAUCAACACCAGGGAGCAUGAACUCGAGGCCCAUAGUGAUGGGUAGCCGCGUAGGAGGCCGACCGAGCAUGCAGCCUUGGGCA